AAAGCUGAAAUUGGAGCUGGAAGAUCUAGUGGCAAAAAUUGGGAAGACGAGGGUGGUGGGGAGUUUGUAAAAGGGUGAGAGUGGAGGGGAAGAGCAAACAGGGAUGACUACUGGAUAGAAGCUGUAUGAUGAUGUUUUCUUAGCAAAUUCUUCUAGCAUGGGCCAGGGAAAGGGAACAUGGGGAGGAUCGGAAACACCUCCUUAACCACAGGCUCUUUUUUUUUCCCCCUGCUGAUGAUCCAAUGAGGAGCUGAACUAUUACAGUUCCCAGUUGCAUUGCUGCUUCUUUGGUCCAUGCUGUACAUAUGAAGGCUUUUGACUUUGCUACUUCUUGGGUGAAUCCUUAACUCUGCCUGCUGGCUGUCUGCAGCUCCUUCUUGUUCAGACAAGUGUGUUCUGCUUGUCUGGUGCAGGCACAGAUUACACCUCAGAGGCACAAACCCAGCCACAUACAGAACUUUUUCACAAGCACCUUGAGCUCUCCAUCCUCAUGCAGUUUAGCAAUGACAGUCUCACAGGACAUGUGCCAUGCUGUGAUUCCAUCUGGUAAUCACACAGGCAAAAGUUGGUUUUUAUUUUGAAGAGGAUAAACAUUGAGCAAAGACACCAAGAAACUUCUGUGGAGUCUGGAAGCUGCAAGCUCCAGGAAAAUGCUUUUUCUGAUGCACUGGCAAAAGGAAAUCCUUUUAAACAUUGUUUUCCUUCCAGUUCCUUUCUCACCUCCACCAGUAAUCCUAAACUCUGUCAAAAUAUUUUCUCCUUAGCAAGUCCUGCCAAUGGUGCGAAGGAAUCGGUCCAACACUGAAACAUGCAAGAUGAACAGAAGGCUUCUACCUAUUGCAAAAGACAUUUGAGAAUCAGAGAUAAAAUGAGAUAAAAGAAAUCAAGGGGGCCUUGCCUUUCUUCUCAGCACAAAAAGAGGUGAGAAAUCCUUCCUCUUUCUACACGCUGAACUCAGGUGUGGCUGUGCUGUAUCAACAGUAGAAGACAGAAACCUGUACCAGGCGCAACACUGAGCUGCUCACGACCCAUUGGAUGGAGAAGUAGCCUUGUUCAUACAUUGCCAUGAGUGACUGCUGCUUUUGUGUACUUUCCUAGCUGCUGAACCCAAAAGGAUUUGGCAAUGGAGGCUUUGCUGGAAGGAAUGCAGAGAAAUGGGCAGGGGAGUGGUGGGUUCUUGACUUCCUGUGAGGCUGAGCUGCAGGAGCUGAUGAAGCAGAUUGACAUUAUGGUGGCUCACAAGAAAUCUGAAUGGGAAGGACAGACACAGGCUUUGGAAGCUUGCCUGAGUGUUCGAGAGCAGGAACUUUCCUCUGCCAGGGCUGCUCUGCAGGAAAAAUAUAAGGAGGUUGGCAUGUUGCGUCACCAGGUAGAAGACAUGGAAAAAGCCAAACAGGACAUGGUUAGAGAAUAUGAACAACAGCUGAAGAAAUUUCAAGAAGAGUUGUCCAGGCUGAGGAGGAGCUAUGAGAAGCUGCAGAAGAAACAACUAAGAGAAGCUAGAGGAGAAGAUAACAAGAGACAAGGGGAGGACCAGUUUGAAAUGAGCCGUCUGACCAGGAAACUGGAGGAGUUUCGUCAAAAAUCACUUGACUGGGAGAAGCAGCGCUUGCUUUACCAGCAGCAGGUGGCAUCGCUGGAAGCACAGAGGAAGGCUUUGACUGAGCAGUCUGAGCUCAUUCAGACUCAGCUUGCCAGUCGGAAGCAGAUUCUGGAGUCAGUGGAACUGGCCAGCCGAUCAGAAAUCCAACACUUAACCAGCAAGCUGGAGAGGGCCAAUGAUGCUAUCUGUGCCAAUGAGAUGGAGGUGGAGAGGCUUAACAUGAGGGUGGAUGACCUGACUGAAAACAAUCAGAUGAUUCUGGAAGAUCAGCAAAGAGUUCAAGAAGAAUUAAGGCAAUCCAAGAAAAUGUUAGAGGUGCUACAGGAUGAGAAGAUGGAACUUAGAGCCACCUUGCAGUCUCAGGAAGAUUUCAUUGACAGCUCCAAGUUGCACCAGGAACGGUUACAGAAAGAGCUGGCCAGGGUGACUGAAACUCUUCGCACAAAAGAGCUCCUCAUCAGGGCCUUGGAGGACCGCUUGCAAGAGAAACAGUUGUCUUCUCCAGGGCUGGAGCUGGAGCAUAUAUUACUGCAGCUGGAUGUUGCCCAGAAGAAGGAACAGCACUUACAGUCAGAGGUGACUCAUCCUGAGAACAGCCUGGUGUCUUCAAAUGCAAGGUGUGUACAGCUGAGUGAAGAGCUGGAUGAGAAUAUCAAAGACCUGCAGUCAAUGGAAGAACACCAUACUGAAUCAAAGGCAGAGAUUAAAAAGCUGAAAGAGCAGCUCUCUCAAGCUGAACAAACUCACAGCAGUGAGCUAGAAGUGAUGAAAAGGGAAAUCUCCAGGUUGACACAAGAGUUACAGCAGCGGGACAUCACAAUUGCAUCUGCAAGUGGCUCCACAUCAGACCUAGAACAACAGCUGAGAACAGAGAUUGAAAGAGCAGAGAGGAAAGCAGUGGAGCACAGGGUAAUUCUGGUCCAGCUGGAAACCUUGAGGCUGGAAAAUCGUUAUCUUUCAGAGAUGCUGGAAAAAAUGAAAUGUGGUAUGCUAGAGGAAAAAGAUGGGACCCUAAGAGAACUCAGUGAAGACUAUGCUGUUGAACUAGAUAAAUUAAAAUCUGAGAACCAGAAAUUGUGGAGGGAUCUAGCAGAGGCCAGAGCAAAACUGGAACUCACUGGACAGGUCUGCCAGGGUGGGCCUGAGGGCAGCGCUCAGCAGAUGCAGGACGAAAAGCCUGGGGCCAGGGAUGUGCAGUACAGGACAACUCGGGAAGCACAGCACAAACAUGAUGAACAAGCAGAGAGAAUACAUCACAGGGCUGACUGGACUGUUCAGCAUCAUCAAGGGGAGCCCCGGAGAUGUGGGGCUGCUGAAAUAGGAACCGUGACCCCUGAGACGGGUGAGCUGCCCACCCAGAGUAGCAAGAAUAACUCCAUGGAGUCACUUGCUUUGGGGACCUGGCUGGGAACGGAUCCUUUGCUCCAUGUGCUGGAUGGAAACCAAGAUUUUGCAGAUGAAGCAUCUAAGCAGUCCGUCUCAGAUCAUCAGAGGGAAUCUGUGCCUUUGUGUCCCUUCCCUACAGCUUCAGUUGGAUCGAUAGCUGCGAGGUACCUGGAAGAAGAGGAACUGAGGUCCCAGCACAUCCUGGAGUGCCUAAAUGCUCACAUUGAGGAACUGAAAAAAGAGAGUGAAAAGAUAGUGAGACAAUUUGGACACCAGGAAUAAUGUUUCUUACAGAAUUUGAAUGCUGGUUUACUUGUGUGGUUCCAAACUGUGACUGCGGAGGUACCUAUAAACCAAUGGACAUUGGCACUUGAGUGAGAGGCUGUUAUCUCCCAGUUUGAGCUGAAUCAGCAGGAUGGAUAUUGAGGAAAGAAAACUCCUCUCUGAUAUGUUUGAUCUGAUGGAGGUUAUUACACCACAAACACUUUAAUCAACUUGCUCUAGGUCAGAAACCUGCAUCAGAGGUGCAUGUUUGUGCACUCACAAAGACAUUAUGGUGUUUUUUAGGAGCAAACAAUUUACUAAUUUUAAUGUAAAGUAUUUUAAGUGUAUUUUAUACAUGUAAAAGCAUUGAAAUAAAACAGAAUGGA